GGCACCUGUCACAGGUGUAUGGGCCAUCGGUAGGAGAGGGCCGCCGAGUGUGAACACACGCCGCGAUACUGUGACUCACUCCUUGAGCCAUUCGCGCACGGAUUUGCAUUGUGGAGACGCUUCGAGUGCCCGGCAACUUUUUCUUCCAGUUCAGUGCAUGUUUGCAUGAAAUUUUGUGGAUGAAUUUGCAUUCUCCCGCCACGCAGACGUUCUAGCGAGAAUUUGUGUUUGGGACUACACGGAAUAACGGCGUCGUGGUGUGCGCGCGAGCUUGGAUUUAGUUGAGCGAAGCAGAGGCCUGUGCACGUGACCCCGAUAUGAGAGGCUCGAUGUAGCGUGGUGUGGGGUGACCACCUGCGAAAUGGCCAAGGAGACAGCCAACUUCGAGAAGGGUCGCAUCAAGGCCCUACAGGACGAGCGAGUUUUCAUCCAGAAAAAGACUUUCACAAAAUGGGCCAACGCCUUUUUGGAAAAGGCGCGGAUGGAGAUCCGAGACCUGUUCACAGACCUGGCCGACGGCAAGAUGUUGAUGAAGCUGCUGGAGAUCAUCUCCGGCGAGAAGCUGGGUACACCCAACAAGGGUAUCAUGCGAGUUCAAAAGGUCGAGAAUCUCAACAGGUGCCUCAAGUUCCUCGCCACUAAGGUGUAUUUUGAGAACAUCGGCGCUGAAGAUAUAGUCGACGGAAACCCUCGCCUUAUCCUCGGUCUCAUUUGGACCAUCAUCCUGCGCUUUCAGAUCCAGGAAAUUAUAGUGGAUGUGGACGAGGAGCAAGACAACAGUGAAAAGAAGUCAGCAAAAGAUGCACUUCUGCUUUGGUGCCAGAGAAAAACAGCAGGCUACCCUGGUGUCAACAUACAGAACUUCACCACCAGCUGGCGCAAUGGACUGGGCUUCAACGCCCUCAUUCAUGCUCACAGACCUGACCUGAUAAAUUAUGACCGGCUUGAGCCAAGCAACCAUAUGGGUAACCUUAACAACGCCUUUGAUGUGGCUGAUAGCCAGCUGGGAAUACCCAAAAUCUUAGACGCUGAAGAUGUGGACGUGAACAGACCUGAUGAGAAGAUCAUCGUGACAUAUGUGGCAUCAUACUACCAUUACUUUGCCAAGAUGAAGAAUGAAAUGACUGGAGGCAAGAGGAUUGCAAAGAUUGUGGGCAUCAUCAAGGACUUAGAAAAGAUGCAGGAUGAUUAUGAGGCUCUCACAACUACUCUACUCGAGUGGAUCAACAGGACAAUUAUGACACUGAAUGACCGAAACUUGCCAAACUCCCUGGAAGGCAUUCAAAGAGAGCUGCUAGAGUUUAAGAAGUACAUGACUGUUGAGAAACCACCAAAGUAUCGAGAGAGAGGGAACAUAGAAGCCCAGUACUUCAAUAUUCAAGCUCGACUCAAGGCAAAUGGUCAGAAGAUGUAUGUCCCACCUGAAGGCAAGCUCAUUCAUGACAUUGAAACAGCAUGGCUGAAGCUGGAGAAAUGUGAGCAUGGACGAGAAGUAGCACUCAAAGAUGAACUCAUCAGGCAAGAGAGACUUGAACAGCUGGCAAGAAGGUUUUCCCGAAAGGCAACCAUCCGGGAAUCGUGGUUAAAUGACAUGGAGCAGAUACUUGAAGAAAACAUGGUUUGCAACAAUGCCGCACAGACUGAGGCAGCCGUCAAAAAACACGAAGCCAUCAGUGCUGAGAUUCUAGCCAGGAAAGACAGAUUCCGGGCACUCAAUAAUCUGGCCAGUGAACUCGUGCAAGGAAAUUUCCGUGCCAAAGAAAAAGUGAAGCAAAAAGACGAGGAGAUCAUGGCGCGGUGGAAGCAGCUACUGGACAAGCUGGAGGGACGGAAGACAACACUCGCCGGCUACAACAGCCUUAUGGGCAUGUUUCGUGAAAUCGAGUCUAUCCAGGAGGAGCUGCGAGAAGUUCAGGGCAAGGUGGCAGGUGAAGACUACGGCAAGCACCUGCAGGCUUCGGAGGACAUGUUGGUGCAGCACAAUCUGCAUGAGGCCCAGCUGCACGCGCUUACUCAGCGUGCCCGCAAGCUGACCCGCCGGUCGCAAGCUUCACUACAGCAGGCGCCCAGCCUGGACAAGCGGCUGGAUGCCCUCAACAGCGAGCUGAGCAAAGUGCAGGCGCAGAGCGACAAACGCCGGAAGGGUCUGGAGACGGCCCAGCAGUAUUACCAGUUCCUGCAGGACACAGAGGAGGAGGACCGCUGGGUGGUAGAGAAGAUCGAGGCCGUUCGCUCACCUGCUGUGGGCAAAGACCUCAGCAGUGCUCUCGCCAUACUGAAGAAGCAUGAAGCUCUGGAGGCUGAGAUGCAGGGUCGCUGGCCGCGGUGUGAGGCGAUCUGCGGCAAGGGACAGGACUUGGUCAACCGCGGCCACGAGGCCCGCCAGGAGAUCGGCUCGCGCAUCCGGAACCUGAUGGACAAGUGGAAGCACCUUCAGGAGGGCGCCACCAUCCGCCGCACGCGCCUCGAGGACGCCAUCGAAGCACAGCAGUAUUAUGCGGAUGCUAACGAGGCCGAGUCGUGGAUGAAGGAGAAGAUGCCGUUAGUGUGUAGUGACGACGUUGGCAAGGACGAGGCUGGUGCACAGGCACUCUUGUCCCGCCACAACCGCCUGGACAUCGACAUCCGCGCUUUCAACACCGAGAUCAAGAGACUGGACGAACUGGCCAUGCUGAUGACCAAAGCCGCCAGUGAACACAACAUUUCACCUGACAAAUUCCGGCCGAUGGAGAACGGUGAGGAGGAGAAGGAAGAAGAGUAUGUGGAGGAGGUGGUGGAGGUGCCGCGGGAGGUGGAGGUGGAAGAAGUGGUGGAAAGAGAAAUCCUUCAAGAUGUCGUGGAAUCAAGACAAAUCCCGCAGGUCAAGGCCCAGUACGCUUACAAGGGGCAGGGAAUGAAGGUGGACAAAGGGGAGGUCAUGAUCCUGCUGGACCGAACCAACGGCGAUUGGUGGCACGUGCGCAAGGCCGACGCUACGGAGGGUUUCGUUCCCGCCAACUACGUCAAGGAGGUGGAGCCUAAGGUGGCGCAGAAGGUCGUUAAGCGCCUCAAGGUCCCCGAGCGGGUCAAGGUGAAGAAGACAGUGAUGAAGAAGGAGGUGGUGCGCAAGAAGAAAGAACGAGUUCCCAGUCUCCGGAGAGCGCCUUCAGCACGCUCUAAGACCAACCUUCACUUCGACAAGGAGAAUGUGGAGACACGACAGCGCAGCCUGACCACACAGUAUGCCAAGCUGGCCAAGCUGUCACAGGCCCGCAAAGAAAGGCUUGGAGAUGCUGCCAAACUGUUUCACUUCUACCGUGAGUGUGAUGAAUUUGAAGUCUGGAUGCAGGAAAAGGAAAUUGUGCUCAAAAGCAAAGAAAGCCUUGCUGACAACAUGGAGGCAGUCCGAAAGAAGUUUGAGAACCUGCUGACAAGUUUGGCAGCAAAUAAGAGCAGACUGGAUAACAUCAAUGCCCUGGCAGAUGAUAUCAUGAAGAGUGGUAGCAGCGAACAAGAUACUGUUCGCCGUCGUCGAAAAGAGAUUAAUGACAGAUGGGACAGUUUAAACAAACUGAAAUUGGAAAAAGAAAUGAGUCUAAAAGGAGCUUCAAGCAUUGAGUUGUUCAAAUCCACCUGUGACGAACUGCAGGACUGGAUCAAAGAGAAAGAUGACGCAUUGUCAACUGAUGACCUCGGCAAAGAUCUGAAGGCCAUUCAGGCUCUCCAGCGCAAGCAUGCACAACUUGAGCGUGAACUUGUUCCAAUGGAAGAGAAGAUGAAAAGAAUGGACUACCUGGCAGAUUCAGUGCGCUCUUCAUAUCCAGAUGAAAAGGGAUAUGUGGACCAGCGACAGAAAGAACUGCACCAGCUUUGGAAAGACCUGAAGACAAAGGCCAACCGUCGUAAGAGCCAGUUGGAUGGUGCAGAAGACAAACAACAGUUCAGUGAUGAAGCCAAAGACCUAAUGCUGUGGUCUAGCUCUUUGCGUGCUCGACUUGCUACUGCUGAACUGCCCCAUGAUAUUCAAAGUGCUGAGGCAAUGAAGAAGGAGCAUGAUGACCUGCUUGAUGACAUCAAGGCCCACAGAGACAAGUUUGCCAAGCUGAAAGCACUGGGACGUAGCAUCUUGGAGAAGAACCCUGAUGCACAAGAUGUUAAAGACAAGUUACGUCGACUGGAAGAAGAAGAAAAAGCUGUGGAGAAACUCUGGCAACAGAGGAAAAAACAGUUGGAUGAUGCAUACAACUUGGAGUUGUUCAAUCGUGAUGCGGAUCAGCUAGAUGCAAUGACAAGUGGACAUGAAGCAUUUCUUGAUUAUGAUGCAACAGGGAGUACUGUUGAUGAUGUCGAAGGGCUUCUCAGGCGCCAUGAUGAAUUCCGAAAAAAGCUUUUGGCCCAGGAAGAUAAGAUGAAGGCCCUCAAUGACCUUGCAGACCGAUUGAUACGAGAGGGACACCCAGAUGCAAAAAACAUUGAUAAGCGUCGCCGAGAAGUGAUGGAACGGCGGCAGAAAGCUGGGGAAAAAGCUGACAGUCGCCGGGAUGCUCUUGGAGAUUCACUAGCCUUCCAGGAGUUUAAGAGAGAUACCUCUGAGCUGUCACAGUGGAUGAAAGAAAAGUAUAAGACAGCCACAGAUGAGUCAUACAGGGACCUGUCCAAUAUUGUUGGAAAGCUUCAGAAACAUCAAGCUUUUGAGGCUGAAUUAAAAGCUAACAAUGACAGACUCAAGGACCUUAACCAGACUGGACAAACUCUGAUCAAGGACCAACAUCCAAAGUCAGAUGAGGUUGGUCAGAUCUUGAACAAGUUAAACAAGCAGUGGGCAGAGCUGGCAGCCAAGGCUGAGGAUAAAGGCAUCAAGCUUCGACAGGCCGCCCAGCAACAGAUGCUGAAUCGAGCGCUUGACCAUGCUCAGGACAAGCUUGAUGAGAUGGAGAAGUCGGUUGCAAACCCAGAUGUUGGCUCAGAUUUAAGAGGUGUGAAGGAACUGCUUAAGAAGCAUCAGAAUCUUGAGAUGGACUUGAGUAAUCUGGCAGACACCACAAGCAUCAUCUCCCAAGGAAAAGAAAUGGCAGAUGCUGGUCAUUUCAACAAAGCAGGCAUCCUCUCUGCUGUGCAAAACUUCAACAAGAGAUUUGAGCAGUUAAAGCCAGCUGUGGCAGAUCGCAAACAGAAGCUGCAGGAAUCUCUCCAAUGGCAUCAGUUUGCCUUUGAUGCAGACUCAGAACUGCAGUGGAUCAAAGACUAUCUGCCUGCUGCAGCCUCCACAGAUUAUGGCAAGAACCUUGUUGAUGCCCAGAAAAUGCACAAGAAACAUCAGGACUUGGAUCGUGAAAUCCAGGGUCACCAGCCUAACAUUGAGCGAGUUCUGGUCACAGGGGAACGUUUGCUGAAUGAUAAGCACUCCAAUUCAAAAGCCAUCAAGGACAAAUGCCAAGAACUGCAGCUGUCAUGGGAUGACUUGCUCAAGAAGUCAAAGAACAGGAAAAAGAACAUGGAUAUCUCACUUCAGACCCAAAAGUACCUCUCAGAAGUAGCUGAAGUAGAAGCCUGGAUUAACGACAAGAUGGCACUGGUCACCAGCAAUGACUUUGGCAAAGAUGAGAAUGCCGCCGACCGACUUUUGGCGAAAAACCAGGUUCUUGAAACAGACAUCCAGACCUAUCAAGGCAUCACCAACAGCUUAGCAAAGGAAUCAUCACGUCUUUUCAAACUAGGUUACUCAGAUCCACAGAUACUAAAGAAAGCCCAGGACAACCUUCAGGAUAAUUUGAGCAAACUAAAACGUCUAGCAGCAGAUCGAAGUCGUAAGCUGGAACGCUCCAAGCGCCUUCAUGCCUACAUGCGAGAGAGUGAGGAUUUUGAAAUGUGGAUCGAAGAGCAGAUGCAGACAGCCAGUUCUGAGGAGUAUGGACAAGAUUUUGAACAUCUCCAGAUUCUCCGCAACAAAUUUGAUGAGUUUAAACGCACAGUGGAGACAGGAGCUGAGCGGUUCAAUCUCUGUGAGCGGAUGGCCAAGUACUUGUUGGAUGACAGAGGUGAUCACACCUUGCAAGUGCAACAGCGCCAGGAGGAGCUUAAGGAUUCUUGGAAUGCCUUGCUUGAGCAGAUAGAGAAUCGUGACCAGAAGCUGCUGGGUGCAGAGGAGAUACACAGAUACAAUCGGGAUGUUGAAGAUGCUCUGUCUAGGAUCCAGGAAAAGUCCUCUAGCAUUCCUGAUGAUCUAGGGCGGGACUACAAGACCACUUCUUCCUACUUAAAAAGGCAUGAAGCUUUUGAACAUGAGCUCAUGGCCUUGGAAGCACAGAUCCAUAUUCUAAAGGAUGAUGCUCAGAGGCUUCAGGCUGCUUACCCAGGGGAGAAUGCUGAUCAGCUUGCUCAGCUGCAGGGUGUUGUUCUGGAGGAGUGGGCACGACUGCUUGAAAAAUCUGAAUCCAGGAAGACUCUCCUUCUUGAUGCUGCAGACCUGCACAAGUUUAAUGCUGAUGCCUGGGACCUCCUCAGCUGGGCAAAAGAAGUGGAGCGGGAAAUGUUGUCUGAAAAAACUGUUCGAGAUGUGAAUGGAGCGGACCUCCUUAGAACACGCCAUGAAGAAAUUAGGGCAGAAAUUGAGGCCAGGCAGGAAACAUUUGACAUUGUCAUUGAAACUGGCCAUGUUUUGGUGGAGAACAAACAUUAUGCGAAGAAUGAGAUUGAAGACAAAGUAAAGGAUGUGAAGGAUGCACGAAGUCGUCUGCAGACAGCUUGGCUGGUCCGCAAGAGGUUCUAUGACCAGAUCUUUGACUUGCAGAUUUUCUUGCGAGAUGCAGAACAACUUAACACAAUCAGUGCUUCCCAAGAGGCUUACUUGAACAGUUCCGACCUGGGCAACUCUGUCAGCCAAGUGGAAACUUUGAUCCGCAAACACGAAGCAUUUGAGAAAGUCCUUGAUGCUCAGGAAGAAAAGCUGGCAUCACUUAGAGAGCAUGGACAUCAACUGAUUGGAGAUAAGCACUUUGAGGCACAGAAUGUUCAGCACACCUUGACUGCUGUGACAGACAGGAGGAAAAAAGUGAAAGAGCUGAGUACAGUCAGAAAGAACAACUUGGCAAAUUCACUCCUCUAUGCUACCUUCAACAGGGAUGUAGCUGAGGCAGAAGGCUGGAUCAACGACAAGCUGAAAGUAGCCAAUGAAGAUGACUUCAAGAAUGUGACAGAUCUCCAUGACAAGAUGAAGAAGCUUCAGAAACACCAGGCCUUCCAGGCUGAGAUUGUGGCCAACACAAAUCGUAUCAACAGGCUAAAAGAGUUAGGUGAGUUGCUGAUACAGAAGCAUCACCCUGCUAAGAAUGAAAUCCAUCAGCGGUCGACACGACUUAUGGCCAAGUGGGAAGAACUACUCAAGGCAUCAAAUGACCGUGGCAAAGGAUUGGAAGAGGCUCGUGACAUCCUGGAGUUCAAUGAACAAGUGGAGAAAGUAGAGAUGUGGAUCAGAGAAAAGGAGUUGCUUGUCAGUCAGAAUGACCUUGGCCGGGACUAUGAACACUGCAUAGAACUUCAAAAGAAAGUCAACAAUCAGGAAUCAGCAGGCAUUACUGUUGAUGAAAAGCGAAUUAAGGACAUCAAUACAUUGGCAGACAAGCUUAUUGCUCAGGGCCGAACUGAUAUUGUCCAGGUCAAGGAGAAACGAACAAAAAUAAAUGAGAAGUGGAAGAAUCUGCAAGGAGCCCUGAAUGACUACAAGAAUCGACUUGCAGCUGCAUUAGAAAUCCAUGCCUUCAACCGGGAUAUUGAUGAUAUAAAUGAGAGAAUCCAUGAGAAAGCCAAAAUGUUGUCUAUUGAUGACCUGGGCAAAGACUUGGCAGCUGUGGAAGCCUUGCAACGGAAACAGGAAGCCAUUGAACGAGAUAUGACUGCGCUUCAAAACCAGCUUGAGAAAUUGGAGACUCAGGCAACAAAGCUGAGCAGCAAGUACCGGGACCAUGCAAGAUAUAUUGAACUGAAGAAACAGGAGGCUGAGGACAAUUGGGAGAAACUGGAGACCUUGUCUCCUAACAGGAAGGCCAGAUUGAGAGAUUCCUAUCAGUUACAGAAAUUUCUUUCUGAUGCACGAGAACUGAUCAACUGGUCAAAUGAUAUGAUCACGAGAAUGAAUUCUGGUGACCUUGCAAAGGAUGUGACAGAAGCAGAAAACCACCUUCAGAUGCACAAUGAGAGAAAAGUGAGAAUUGAUGGUCGCAAGGCUCACUUUUCUAAUGUCCGUGAGCAUGGGAUGAACUUGGUGAAUGACAAACAUUAUGCAACGGAGGAAAUCCAGCAAACCAUUAAACAGCUGGACAUGAUAAGGUUGUCUUUGAGUGGAGCCUGGGACAAGCGCAACCGCCUCUUGACACAGUGUCAUGAUCUACAGGCAUUUAAGGAGACUGCUGAACAAGCAGAGAACUGGCUCAGCACAAAAGAAGCUUUCUUGGCAAAUGAAGAUUUAGGAAAUACUUUGUACAGUGUGGAAAGUCUUAUAAAAAAUCAUGAUGGCUUUGAAAAGACUGUGCGUGCUCAAGAGGACCGGAUCGAAGAGAUGAAACAGUUUGCAGCUGACCUAAUCAAGCAGCAGCACUAUGCUGGUGAAGAAAUAAAAUCCAGGUGCCAGGCAGUGCUUGCUCGUCAAGAACGCAUGUGGGACUUGUCCAAGCAGCGGAGAAAAAUAUUAGAAGACUCUCGAAACUACCAGCUUUUCUUGCGAAACCUAUAUGAGGUUUCAGGAUGGAUUAAUGAAAAGCUGCAGGUGGCACUGGAUGAAUCCUAUCGUGACCCCACCAACCUUCAAGCCAAGUUGCAAAAACACCAAGCAUUUGAGGCCGAGCUUGCAGCUAAUAGAAACAGGGUGGAUGCUGUUGUAGAGGAGGGAAGCAGUCUGGUGGAGGCAGGUCACUAUGCCCGGAAGGACAUUCACAGACGUCUUGAGGAGCUAGAGCUGAGUUGGCAAGCCCUGAUUGCUGCAAGUGCAGACAAGAAGGACCGUCUUCAGGAUGCUCACCAGGCUCUGCUGUUCAACCAUGUGGUUGAGGAUCUCAACACUUGGAUGGAUGACAUUGAGAACCAGCUCAUAUCUGAAGAUCAUGGCAAGGAUUUGUCCUCAGUCAAGAGUCUUCUCAAGAAACAUCAGCAAAUGGAGCAGGACAUUGCAAACCACCAGGAGAAGGUUCAAGAAGUGCUUGAUGCAGCACAGGUCUUCAAAGAAGCCAAGCACUUCAUGAAUAAGGAACUGCAGAGCAGUGCCAGGACAGUCUCUGAACGAUAUAAUGGGUUGGCAGAGCCAUGUCACAUACGCCGAGAUAACCUGGAGGAAGCAUUGAACAUGUACCAGUUCUUCAGGGAUGUGGAAGAUGAAUUGUCUUGGAUCCAGGAUCGCAGGCCAGUGGCUGAGUCUGCAGAUCUGGGCAACUCUCUGACCUCAGUCCAGAAUCUGAUGAAGAAACACCAGGCAUUGGAAUCAGAGAUCAUUGCUCAUGAGCCUCUGAUUGAUGCUGUCACAUCAUCAGCUCAGAAGAUGAUUCGCACAAAGCACUUUGCAACACAGGAUAUUGAAAACAGGCUGGAACACUUGACUCAUGAACUGCGAAAUCUCAAAUCAUCAUCUUCCAACCGCAAACUCAAGCUGCAGGCUGCACUGGAAGCUCAGAAAUUCUACACAGAAGUAAAUGAACUGGAACUUUGGAUGAAUGAAAAAAUACCCCAGCUUACAAGUUCAGAUCUAGGCAAAGAUGAAGAUUCAGUGUUGGCUCUAAUGAAAAAGCUGGAUGCAUUGGACCGUGACAUUGACAAUUUUAGCAACAGCAUUGGGGAGCUGUCUGCACUAAGUCGCAGUUUGGUUGACAGAAACCAUUAUGACUCAGAAAAUAUCCAGAGAACACAGGGAGAGAUAGAACGUCAGUACAGGAGACUUCAGGACCUUGUUAAUCAGCGACGGAAAAAGCUCAAUGACAGUAAAAAGCUGUUUGAGUUUUACCAUGAGGCAGAUGAGACAGCCACUUGGAUCUCUGACAAAAGUCUCAUAGCAGGCUCUGAAGACUAUGGCACUGAUCUGGAACAUGUUGAGUUGCUGCAGACAAAGUUUGAAGACUUCAUGCAUGAGCUGGACACCAGUGAACACAGGGUGACACGUGUUUUUGCUAUGGCUGAUUCCAUGCUUAGUAAUGGCCACUUUGAGGCAGACAACAUUCGGCAGCGCCGAGUUGAUAUCCAGCAGUUGUGGGCAGAGUUGAUUGAAGUUGCCAAAGCACGGCAAGAGGCAUUAGCUGGGGCUAAAGAAGUGCAGUAUGGACGAGAUGCUGAUGACACGCUGGAUUGGAUCCAAGAGAAAGUUGGGAUUGUCAGCAGUGAUGAUUUUGGACAUGACCUUGAAAGUGUUCAGGCCCUAAUCAGCAGACAUGACGGCUUGGAGCGGGACCUGGCAGCUAUCAGUAAGCAAGUGGAGAGCAUCACACAGGAGGCAGAGCGACUUAUUGUUCAUUUCCCAGAUGCUCAGCAGCACAUUGCUGCUAAACAUGAGGAGAUGGUGAAAGCAUGGAACGGCUUGGUGGAGAAGUCCACGAUUCGAAAAGAAAAGCUGGUGCAGGCAGAACAGCUUCAGAUGUACUUCAAUGACUAUCGUGAACUGACGGCCUGGAUCUCAGAAAUGCAAGCCAUUAUCACAGCUGACGAACUGGCACGAGACUUACCAACAGCUGAAAGCAUGAUGGUUCGGUACAAGGAGCACACUGCAGAGGUGGAAAGCAGGCAGGAUGCUUUUGAAAAGUUCCGCAACACAGGCAAUGACUUCAUUGCCAAACACCACUUUUUGUCAAAAGAAAUUGAAGAGAAGAUCAAACAGCUAGACAAGUCACACGAAGGCCUGUUGCGGAAUCUGGAGCACCGUCGAAAACUUCAUCAACAGAAUCUGGAAGCACAGCAACUUCGACAUGAGAUGGAACAGAUAGAGAACUGGAUGACCUUGCGAGAGCCACAGCUAAGAGAAAAGAACUUUGGCCAGUCCAUUGAUGGUGUGGAACUUCUGCUUCGUAGGCAUGCAGACUUUGAGAAGACUGUAGCAGCACAGGAAGAUAGGGUCAAUGCUCUGAGUCGAAAUGAAAAAGUGAAGAAUGCUUUUGCUGAGCAGAAGUUAAAAGAGCAGCAGCAGCAGGUGGAGGAUGAAGCCAGGCGUGAGCGUGAGCGACUGGAGGAGCUGCGCAAGAGGGAGCAGGAGCGUAUCUUGGAGACACAAAAGGCUGAGCGUCGAAGAGAAGAAGAGCAGCGCAAAGCUCGUGAGGUUCUGUUACGGCGCCAGAGGGAAGGGUCUGAUGAGGAAGAAGAAAAGAAGGGAGAUGACAAACUGGAUCGCUCCACAGUAAAGAAUUUGAUUGGUCGCUCUCAGAGCAUCAAGAUAGUUCCUCGAGGAGAAGGCACCAGUACAGAUGUAAGGCGAGCCAUUAGCUUCAAGCAGUCAGGUACAUCAGCUCCUUCUGUUUCAUUGCAAAAAGCAGCUGAAUUCAAGCAAACUUCUGUGGAAGAAACCCCGCCUCAUUCACCUGAACCUGUCACAGAAAUGGUAUUAGCAAGACGACCUUCAGAAUCAUCUUCUAAUGAAGAAGGAGAAGAAGCUCCUCAGUUACCACACUUACCUCCCCCACUCCCAGCAGCACCAGCAGCAGUAGCUGAGAAACCAACGGAUUUGGUAUCACAGCUCCCCAUGUCACCAUCUUACACGAUAAAAGGUGGAUUGUCUCCCCCUGUCAGCCCAACCCAAAAGCGUCCAGAACAGGUGAAAGACACAGAUGAGACUAAGAAGUCUAAGCGUACACCAAGUUUUAACCUCCGGCGCCGCACACGUAGUUUUAAAGACAAAUACAAGCUUCCAACGAACCUGCCACCAGCUGUGAUGGAAAACUUUGUAGAUAGGAAGCAAGAACUCCAGAGUGGUGGCAAAAAAGCUACCAUACGCUCAUGGAAGACUUUCUACACAGUCCUGUUUGGCCAGCUGCUUUGUUUCUUCAAGGACAGAGAAGCAUUCUUGGAGAGUCAGGCAGCAGCUCCCCCUGUGAACAUUCACAAGUGCAUGAGUGAGGUGGCUACAGAUUACACCAAGAAACAGAAUGUUUUACGGCUUCAUCUUUAUGAUGGUGCCGAGUACUUGCUAGAGUUCCACACAGCUGAGGAAAUGCAUGAUUGGAUGACCAAAAUUCACCAUUAUGCAGAGGAGCCCCUAAUGAUGGGCCAUUUGGAAUUUGAACGUGUUGAGGCAGAUGGUGAUGAAGCUCUGGAACCAUCAGACCAGUUUGCUCGUGAAAUAGAGGGUUCCCAGCAGGAACUCAGUGAGGAGCAUGAGGCUGAACAAAGGACAGAAAAGGGUUUGGCAGUGGAGCUGGAGGUGAGUGCAAGAAGCAGUGCCAGAGAUGAUGACUGGCGCUCACAAGAGGUCGACCUGACUUGGCACCAAACGCCUUCAAAGGAAGAAGAGGAAGAAGUCUCAUUACAGGCCCGAACAAGCAUCUCAGAUGAUGAGCAGAAUGAUCGUUUGUCACCAGACAGUACUGCAGUGGACAGUGAGCAUAGUAGAGAUCAGUUUGAUGACUCAGGGGUACAGAUGAGGUACCGUCCUUCCUCCAGCACACCUAGCAGACGACCAACCUCAGAACCAGUCAACACAGAUGACAAGCAGGACAAAGACAAGCGUCGCAGCCAUGGUGUCUUUGGGUUCUUAAAGAAGAAGAAGGAUAAAGACAGCAAGAAGGACAAAGACAGAGCAACACAUGUCUGACCUUUAUUCUAGCUCCUAUGCAAUGCACUCCUGACCAAACAUUCAACAUUGCUAUGCCUAACCGUUUUUGAAUUAAAAAAGAGUGAACUAUUUUUCUAAAAGUUUUCUUUCUAUGCAUUUAUUGUUAUUGUAUUAGGGUAAAUGUUAAAUGGUUUUUAGUUUGGAAUAGCAUUCCACAGUUGAUAGGAUGAGUAUUUCUUAGGGAAGUCACAUUAUGUAUGCUCUUAAUUUCCCUUGAUUUAUUAUAAUUGUAUAAUUUAUUGUCAUCUUUGAGGUAUCCUUACAAGCCUGUGGUGUCACAGUUGCAUGAUGGCAUGAUAUUCACUUCUUUGUUGUUUGAAAGCCUGUAUUAUUCUGUAUGAUGGAGGUGACUGCAGUAUGUAGGGUGGGUGAAGGACAGUAGGUCUUCAAAGGUUAAAAUAUCAACAUUGACUUGAGAAUUCGGCAACCAGAGAAAAUCUUUGUACCAAUCAAUCUAAGCAUAUAAUUUUGUAAUAUUUAGUUUAGGAAAGCUAGCUGAAUAUAAAAAUAUUUCUGUUCAAAUAUGUUAAAUAAACAAAUUUUUUUUACAAUCGAUACUCAUGGCAAUAUUCAUUUAUUGUGAGUCUAAAUAUUAAUGGGUUUGGUUUUUUUUUAUUGUCCCAGACGCACGCAGCUGAUGUGUUGCUUUUGGUUGGCUAAACAGAAUGCUAACACAGAGUUGUUUAGCUUCAAUAUAUAUUCAUUUUUUUCAAUUAAUAUUGUGACCCUUGUUCUAUCAUGGACAUUUUGUUUCUGUAUUUAAUGGAAAGACCAACACCGGGACGUUGAGGUUAUUUACUCUGAGCUAUAUUUUAUGUAGACUGUUGACUUCCUUUGCAAUAAAUCCAUGAAUUCUCCUGUUACUUGUGUUGAAGGAUUCCUCCGUGCAGUUUCUAUUAUUAAUAACCAUUUUUAACUGCAUUGUUGAUACUUCAAUUCAACAGAAAAUAAAACUUUAUUGAACAUUUUUCACUCAUGUGAUUACACAGAGGUCACAUACUCAGCAGAUGAUGAUUAAUAAAUGAUACACAUUUUUUAAAAUAUUUUUCUGAAAGGCAUUGUGAACAAGUCUAACAUUUAUUUCAGACAGGUGUGGUGAGCACACACAUAUAUAUAAAUGCAUCUUCUACCGAAAGAUCUGAUCCUUUUUUGUCAGAUAUUCACAGACCACAUUCAAUAUCUUUAAAUUGUUGCGCGUAUUAUUCCUUCUACACCCAACAUAAGAAUAUCUUCUACUUUAUUCUUUGUAGUUCAUCUCAUUACUCACUUUCAAUUUGCACCUGUUGACAUUUGCUGCACAUUUAUUGUAGAAGGUGACCAUUCCAUCACCAGAACUAAACCCUGACUUUCUCUGCUUCAAGCGAGAUGAGUUCACACUCCAGACAAGAACAUCGGCCAUCUUGUGUGCAUUUCGCUUCUCUUAUCCCCUCGCUCCCACUCGCACAUGAACAGGGAUGUGUAGUGACAGGCUUGCACACUGUUCAAUGCAAUUUGUGAUGCUGUCAAAAGCAUUGACGUGCACAUGCAGUUUUGUCCAUUUUGGUCCUGUAAGUAGUAAUCUCCACUCAUUUUUUUGUUUUUUUUUUUUUUUGCAUCAGUAUGAAGGGGCAUUGCUUGAAGGCUGAUCAGCUGAUGUUGUAUGAUUUAUAUUUGUUAUUUCCAUGACAUAUUGUCAGCCAAUAUGACGAAGCACAAAUGAUUGAGUGAUUUAGCAGCUUUCAACUAAGCUUAAAAGAAAAAUGAACUGGUUUUUUUACAAUUUCUAGACAUUAGUUUCACUUGUUCUUGGCCAAAGAGAAGCUAUAGCUUGAUGAACUUCUCAGUCUAGAAAUUAUAAGUAGAUGAUUGUGUGUUUAGCAGUUAAAAGGCGGAGGCUUUAUGGAGACAUUCUUGUGAUAUUUAGUUUUUUUAAUUUAAUAAAAUGCCUAAAUGUUAAUGUUGACAUAUAUCAAAUGUAAAUUUCAUACAAAAUUAAGUUUUUGUUUUUUUCCUCCAUUGUUUGACAAUGUUCCUCAAAUAAUUCACUGAUCUAUGUGCAUAAUUCUUAUCAAACCGACAUGUACCUGAUCACUUGUGUUUGAUGCAUAACAAAAUAAUUUGUGUUUUCUGACAUUUUUUCUGCAAGUAGUAUUUCAUUCAUAAAGUGCACAAGGAUUUUUUUCAAACUAUUCUUGACUUUAAAAAUCUGAUAUCAGCAAGGAUCUCUCAGAUAAAAAUAGUUCAAAAUACAUAAAAUAUUUAUAGUAACAUUUUGAAAUGAUUAUAAGUUACACUGUUUCAGAAAUCAUGAAGCCUUUGUGAUAUCAGUAUGGUGCUGACUGUAGUUUCAUUUCAAAGAAAUAUUUUAAAUAAUAUUUAUAGAUGUCUGUCACAACCACUUCCCACUUCCAAGUGGUUCUGCUGACUAAUUUGACUAAUUAGUGUAUUAUUCAUAUAUUUUGGUUAGGAGUUAUAGACAGGGAGACAGUUUAAUUUUCACUUUAGUUUGAGCCAUGAUAUGGAAUUUCUUUCUUGCACGGUAAGUUAUAUUCAUAAUUGUCAUCUUAGCAGCAGGCUGUUUGGGUCAAGAGUUUAUACCUGUGGGCUUUAGACUCUCUUGGUGAUCUGUGUUGUCUUUCAGGAUGCCCUGUAUCACUGACGGAUCAAGAUCCAGAGACAGCUCAUCUUUAGGAUUCUUGAUGCAUAAUAGCCACCAGAAGCAGAAGACUUAUUGCUGGCCUUUUUAAGUGUUGACAAAAUUCAUAGUAGUGAUUGCAAUGGAAAAAUUAAUUUAUAACUGUCUUUUUUUUUUAAACUUGAAUGCUGUGACGACUGGUAUUUGAAUGUUAUUGAGCAUUUAUAUGUCUAUAAAUACUUUAAUGAUAUCUUUGGUUGGUUCUCCUCAUCUCAUUAUUUGCUGGUGGAUUCACACAGAAGAGGCUGUAUCAAAACACACUUAAAGGGCUUUUUUGUACAAUUGAUAUGGCGGUCCAUUCACCUUAGCAUCAGCUCACAGUUUGCUGAGUUGUGAAGACUGAGAUUAGAAAGUCGCAGUCAUUGCGCUACAGUCAAACUGACUGGUUCAUUCAUGAUUUAUUUCUUUUCAGCCAUCAUGUCUUCUGAGCAUUGUACUUAAGUCAUUAAGUCAUGACAUAUGACCAGCUUUAUUAACCUUUUGCUUUAAAAACUUUGUAGCAAAUGUAUUUAUGCUUUUCAAAUUGUAGCCCAUUAAAGACCAACCACACAGUGCACAACAUUUUAAUGUAGCAACUCUGAUGUGGCUUUGUUUACUUUGCAACAACUGCUGUGUGUUGAAUACGAAAUAUUUGAUCUUGUAAUGGAGUAUGUUGCUGCAUUCAUAGGGUCUUGCACAUUGGACAACUUUGCUUCCCACGGUUGUGAGGAUGAGGUUUGUUGUGGCAUACAGAAGUCUGAAUUAUGUGGCCUUGGUCUGAGUGAAUGAAAAAUGCUCCAUUUUGUACUUUUACAGUGUGACUGCACUACACAUUUCCUAAUUAAUAAAAGCUGAAGUGUGUCCAUAGUUCUCGUCAUCAUAGAAUGAAGACAAGUAUGUCUGAAGUGCUGAACAAUGUUACAACACAGUGGGAAAAAUGUGUGUAUGGUUCAACAUUUACCAUUCAGCUGCUUGUUUCUCCUAAACAAGGAAACAUUCCACACAUUAACAUUCAUCAUUCAGUUAUGUCAGCUGUUUUGAGGAUUAAUGGGUUUGAGAAGUUUUCAUAAAUUUCACUAUGAGACAUAAUGCUGAAAAUUUUCAUUCUUGAUGAGCAGUUUUGAUUUGAAUUUCCUUGAUAAAUAUUCAUCAUUCUCCCUUGCAGCUGCCAUGUUUUGCAUUCAUAACAACUCUCAUCAUGUGUAUGUGCACUAGGAACCAGUAUGAUUGAGUUAUUUUGUGAAAACUGUAGCCAUGUUGCAUGUAAUCAAGAUGUUACUGCUGUCGAUGACAAGAGUGACAAGCUUUACAGAGACGUUGCCAACUGUUGAUAAAGUUCGGUCUUGUUGGACUGAUGCUGGCGACUCACCCCACUAACCCAUGUAGAUAACACUUAUAUCCUCGCGUCUGUAAAAUGUUACAGGACUACUCAUUGAUUAAGAAAUAUGUAACUUGAAUGUUAACAGAAAAGCUAAAAAUAAAAUAUUUAUAUUCGUUGA